GUGCACUUUUCUUACAUCAGUAAGAACCAGAUACCCGGAUGGAAUUGUUUUCAUUGGAUUCAUCAUGGCCGCCUCCUUUGAAGUUCAGGCAGACAAGAGAGGAAGUUGACCGUUGAAGGUAACUUUACAGUCCACUAAUGAAAUAAAGGAAUCAAAGGCUAGUUUUUUUAAGGACAAGAACAGAGCACCAGUAGCUUCCAGAUAGACUGAAAUGGCAAAUAAUGAUGGAGAGAAGUUUGAGUAUCACACACCCGAGCACCCGCUCCCUGAGGAGAUCCAGAAAAUGGAGCGUGGUGAAACGGUUUGCAAGUUCUGUGGUGUCAGUUAUCUCAUUCAUCGAGAGAUCAAGGCUUUAGAGGAUAAAUUAACAGCAACACAGAAGGAGCUGGAGCGCUAUAAAGGAUGCGACGAAAAAGAAAGACUGAUGAGACAAGAGCUCAAAGUUGUUCAGGAUAAAUUUGAAGAACAAAAACAAACAAUAGAAGCUAAAGAUGCCAUUUUGUCAAAACUUAAACAACAAGUCAGUGACAAAGAAGAAAACAUAAACAGAUUAAAAUCAUCUUCAAAAGAAUUGGAGGAAAGGCUUGGAAAAAGCAUUCAAGAUGGAGAAAAGUGCAGAUUACAGCUGAAUUCCCUGCGUCAAAGUCUUCCUCCUUUGAUACUUACCCUUCAACAGCAGAAAUCCAGUCUUCAGAACAUCCAGACGUUUGUUGAACAUAGAGACCGCAUCACGAAGGAGGAGUUUGCCAGGAUCAAGACCGCUGUCCACAAGAUUUGUUCUGCUGAACUUUCAGAAACACAGAAGUCUAAAACAAAAGUCACAGAGCUGGAGAAGGAGAACCAGGUGUUACAGGGGAAGUUAGCAGAGCUGACAGACACUGUGACAAACUAUAAAUCACAGCAAGACAAACUGAAAACUGAGCACGACCAAGCUGCCAUCUUGUUACAGGAGAGAGACGCAUUGCAAAAGGAGUUCACAAACCUGAAAAACCAGUAUGAGAAGUCUGUUACAGAAUGCAGAGCAGUUACUUUCCAAGCAGAGCAGUAUAAAGAACAACUAAGGGCCAAAUCCCAGGAAGUCGAGAACACCAUAGCACAGCAGCGCAAAAGAGACCAGACAGCGGAAUCUAACGUGACCAGACUCACCCGUGAGCUGAAGGCGGCCGAGGCGCAGCUGGCCAUGAGUGAGAAGGAAAGGGAUGCUCUGAUCAAGAGGUUUGACGAGCAACGGAGAACUGAGCAGGAGAUAAAAAACAAGGCGUCUGCCACAGAAAAUAAAACAGAGGAAAUGAAAACAGCACUGUAUAGGACACAGGAAGAACUGAUGGCUCUAAAAGCAGAAAGAGAGUCCAUGAUCCUGUCUCAUCAGAAUAGAAUAGAGCAGCUCAAAGACAGCUUUAGGAGGAAGAUACAGGACAGUGAACAAUGGCCAGAAAAGCUUGAAGAAGCACUGAGAUCAGAAAGGCAAAAACAUGCUGCUGAAAUAAGAUUACUUGAGGAGAAGUUGAAGGAAAACUUUGUCAUGGAAAUGCAAAUUGAAAAAGAAAAGCACCAGGAGUUGGUGGAAAAAUAUGUAAGAGAAAAUAAAAACAGUGAAUCAAAGGUCCAGUCUGAACUGACCAUGCUGGGCAGUAAGCACAAAGCUGAAAUGGUGGAGGUUCAGAGACAGCUCAGGGAGUGUAGAGCUAACAGCACACACAUGGAGAACUCUCUGAGAGAGGAGAUUGGCAAUCUGAAAACUAUCAUAGCUGAGCUGGAAGAGAGGCUAGGUAAAGUUGAUUUUGAAAGUGAUGAAGUUGUCCUCAAACUGAAAGGAGAUCUGAGGGGGAAGGAUCAGAUGAUGGAAGAGCUUAGGAGUGAAGUCAGCAGUUUAGAACAGCAGCUUGCGAAUGCCAAAGAAGAUAAUGAUUUGCUGCAGGACACUGUACGCAGAGAGUGUGAGGAAAGGUUUGAACUAACCGAGGCUUUAAGUGCACUGAAAGAAGAGCUUCUGCAGUAUAAAAAGCCAGCAACUGGGUAUGGCCAGAGUCAGCGGGCUGCAAGCUUGUCACCAGGGGUCUCUGUAGCAAGACAGGACAGUCCCAAGGACAGUCCGGGUCAGCGCAGCAAUAGCGCGGGAAACAGUUACAGCGUGCCCCACCCGCCUCCCCAACCUGCGUCUCUGCCGUCCUACAUGAGCAGUACCAGUACCACCAUGGGAUUUGACGGAGACAGAGCCAAGACGCCUGGGAAAUUUAAAGGGGGCAACGUAGCCGAUAUACGCAAGAGAAUAGCCGCCACCAUGGGAAGGAAGUGAAUAUGUGAUGGAAAUUUUAUUUAAUUAUUUAUUGUGAACUAAAGAUUGUCAGCAGAGCUGAAAUCUGGAAGAAAAAAAAUCAAAACUGGCGUAGUGAACCCGAGUGAUUUGACAAUUUGUUAAUUGGAAAUCGACAUUUGUUAAAUGUACAAGUACCUGAUCAGAAGUAACAUGUGCAAGAGAUUAGUAAUGUUAAAAAUCCCGGAAAAAACGUCUCAGAUAAUAAGCGACUCUUCUCUAACAUAUUUCGACAUAAAAAAAAUUGUCGCUACUAAGGGAAACAAGUGAUAUAAGAAUAAGGACGACUUAUAUUGGCACUAACUUUAUGCAAAACAACUGCAUAUGUUUGAUAAAAAUUUGCAAAGUAUCCAUGCAUCCAUAGAAUGGUGUAUUGCAGCUGUUUCUCUGUACUGUCAAUACGGAGGAUGUUAACUUGCAAUUAAAAUCUUAUGAUUUUGAUCUUAUGAUUUUAAUUAAAAUCUUAUGAUAUUAAUUACGUCUAAAAAUAAAUAGUUUUUAUAAAGAUUA